CUCUGUUCUCAUUCUCUCAAUCGCUGGGGGGAAAAAAGCUGAGGGUUAGGGUUUAAUAAUUCAAUUUAGGGUUUUUCUUUGGUUUCAAUGGCGGACGCUUCGGAUUCUCUUCAGUCAAUCUGCUACGAGCGGGGAUCACUUCGCCUCCUCGAUCAGAGGAAGCUUCCACUGGAGACUGUAUACUUGGAUAUUCGAAAUGCCACCGAUGGAUGGAACGCAAUAAGAGAUAUGGUGGUCCGCGGUGCACCUGCAAUCGCAAUAGCAGCAGCACUGUCACUAGCUGUAGAAGUGUCUAACCUUGACUUUAGUGGGACAUCUGGGGAUGCAGCUUCUUUCCUUGUCAAGAAACUGCAAUACCUUGUCUCCAGCCGACCUACUGCUGUUAAUCUUUCUGAUGCUGCAACAAAGCUUCAAAAUCUGGUGUCAAAGACUGCUGAGGCAUCUAUUGAUGCAAAAAUUAUCUUCCAGAGUUAUAUUGAUGCUGCUGAAGACAUGCUUGUUGACGAUGUCACCACCAACAAAGCAAUUGGGUCUCAUGGAGCAAGCAUUCUUAGAACCCUACAAAAAGAUUCAAAGAGCCUAUCUAUUUUAACACAUUGCAACACUGGCAGUUUGGCCACUGCUGGAUAUGGAACUGCCCUUGGAGUGAUUCGUGCAGUCCAUUCCGAAGGUAUCCUAAAAAGGGCUUAUUGCACUGAGACACGACCAUUUAACCAGGGUUCCAGACUAACAGCUUUCGAACUAGUUCAUGAAAAAAUUCCUGCAACUCUGAUAGCGGAUUCUGCAGCAGCUGCAUUGAUGAAAGCUGGACGAGUCAAUGCAGUCAUUGUCGGUGCUGAUCGCAUUGCUGCAAAUGGUGAUACUGCAAACAAAAUUGGAACAUACAGCCUUGCUCUCUGUGCAUUUCACCACAAUAUACCAUUUUAUGUAGCAGCACCGAUAACAUCAAUAGAUCUUUCACUUCCGUCCGGAAAUCAAAUCGUUAUAGAAGAAAGAUCGGCAAAAGAAAUAUUGAAUUCUGAGGGAGGGUUAGGGAAGCAAGUAGCUGCCUCGGGUAUCGAUGUCUGGAACCCUGCAUUUGAUGUAACACCCGCUAAUUUGAUCAGUGGUAUCAUCACAGAGAAGGGCGUCAUCUCAAAGGCUACAGCUGAUGCUUUUGAUAUCAAAGGUUUUAUACAGAAUCCAGCGGGUGUCGAUGGGAAUUGAGUAGCUGAGCUGCACCCAUGACAACAGUUACAUUGGUUGCUGUUCCAUGACGAGUUUGCUCAUUAAAUAUUGAGGCGCUCCGCAAGAUGCGAGAUUUUUAGUAUUGGAAUAAUAAUGUACACUACUUGUAUUGUCUUUCUAUCAAUAAGAGCAAACAUUUGAGA